ACCAGACGCGCAAACCGCAGUGGCUACGUUGAGCACGACGAUUUCGAAGGUCUCCCCGUCCGACAAUGGCGCCACGAAUGGGUCAACGUCGCGCCUCCGGUCCAGCAAGAGCAGCAGCAGCAGAAUGACAUCUGGGCCAUCGAGCUUAUCCACGGCAUGCCCAAGGACGCGACUCUGCUGCCUCCGCACACGCAGGAGCUGCUGCGCGCUGCGCGUUCCGGUCGCCUCUACAAACGACCGCAUCCUAAUGAAGACGAGGAGGCAGAUGGCGAGCCCAACAUCCAGGAGAAGCCAGAGAAGAAGGAGGAGGACACAAGCGCGCAGGGCUAUCAGAUAAGGAUCUGGAAGCAGCUCCCCAAGAAUGUUGAGGCGCCAGGCAUCUCGCACCUUGCAAAGCGGAGGAAGAAUGUCGUUACCGUGGCUAGCCGGACCGUGGAGGAAAAGGUCCAGGGACCUACGGUGACGCGGGCCACGGUCAGGCGGAUGGACGCAGCUGGAAAUCCCUACACAGAAGAAGUCACACUGUCGGAGGGCCAGCGUGUGGAAGGUGAGGUCAUUGCGACCAGGGUCGAGGCCAUCGCCGCGCCGCAGCCAAACGCCUUUGCAGCCCCGCCGCCAUCGGCAGUCAGAAGAAGACCACCGCCACCCAAGAGAAAAGCAAAGGCAGGGCCUGGAAGAGGCAAGAAGAAGAUCAAGCAGCCGCUAUUGGCGGAUCAACAGGCUGCUGGAGCUGUGCCGGCCGUAGGAGCUGGAGCCGCAACGGCGGUCAAGACGGAGGCCAAGGACCUGCUCACACCCACACCGAACGAGAGCGAAACGCGGAAUCCAGACAGCGAGAUGGGUGACGUUGAUGGCGAUGACGAUGACGAUGAAGAAGAAGAGGGUGACGAUGGGGAUGAGGGCGAGGAUGGAGAGGAGGGCGAAGGCGAAGGCGAAGGCGACGAGACUGAGCUGCAAGAUGAAUCAAUCCUCGACGUUACAAAGGACAAUGACGAGGAGAUGGUCGAUGCCUCUCACAUAAUUGACCACCCCGACAUCGAAAUGAAGGAUGAGCAGCUGGCGCCAUCUGAGCCAGCGCCCAGGGAGCCUUCACCUCCUCAGCCAGCAGACAUCCCUGCGCUUGAAGAACCGUCAGAACGCCCGGCUUCUGUGCCUCUGAAACAAGAGGAUACACCGCCUAGGAAUCCCGUCAUCGUGCCGUCGCCAUCUGAACCAUCGGUGCACACCGAGUCCGUGGCGGAAGCAGCUCCGCCUGUUUUGGAUAACCUUGCUGAUAACACAGCGGACUCCACCAUCGCCGAACCACCGUCAACAAUCGUUGGAGAGGCCCCUGAGGAAGCUAUUGAGCGCGACAUGCCACAGGCUGAAGAGCUACCUCCCCCUGACCAGGUGGGCAAUAUCUCCAGCCCAAAGACCGAGGAUGGCAACUCUCGAAUCUCUGAGGGAACACCCAAGGGUCAAACGAGCAGCCAGCCAGAUACCAACAUCCAAAAGCCGGUGCUGUUGCACCAACUGUCUGCGAUGACCGAAGAUACUAUCAAGCCAGAGGACUCGGUCUCAGUGACGGCGCCUCUGCCUGGAUCGGAGGCACCUUCAGAGGUUGGAAAUGCGUCAAUAGAUGACGCAAUGGAGGAAACUGCUCCUGCUGACGCUGCGAUAGAAUCCACCGAACCCGAGUUGACGGCUCCCGAGGUCGAUGGUGACGCCGACAUGGCUAAGGAGACUGAGCCAGAUAUUCUCGGUGGCUUGAUGGGGGAGCUAGAUCGUCAGGCAGCGGCAUCACAACUCUUGGAAGAGGCUAUGCCGGAUACUGCGCCCGUCGCCGAGGUCAAACCUGAGAGCCCUGCUGAACUGACACUGCCUGAGGUUCCAGAGACAGCACCUGAAGUCGCGCCGGCCGUCGUCGAAGAGGCCCCUGAGCCUGCUCCGGAGACAGAGCCGCAGCUUGAGCCGGAAUCAAAGCCAGAAUUGGAGUUGGAGACAAAACCUGAACCAGAGCCCGAGGCAGAGCCCGAGGCAGAGCCCAAGUCUGAAUCUCUACCUGUACCUGCACCGGAGGAACAACCUGUGGCGGAAUCAACGCCUCCAGUGAAAACAGAGCCUUCUGCUGCAGAUGAGGAGAAGGAAGACCCACCAGCCAACGCGUAG